GCGUAUUUUGCUGCAGCAGUUCGCAGAGACCGCGUGACGGGAGAGCAGGCGAGCAGGGAGAGUGCGUCGUUUAGUUGCUUUCUCAAGCGCUGGCUGGCGCUGCAGAGCGCGGCGUUUUUUAACAGAUUUAGGCCUAGCGCGCUCCAGUGCAACUUGUGCUGUGUCGCUAGCGAGAAGCGUGACAGCAGCACCGUAGUGGAAUACGUAGUUUACUGCAGUUUUGUGCACGCGUGGGGCACUUAUUGUGCGCAUUUUGGUGUGCUCGUGAAGGUGGCGCGGGAAUCAUGCCUCGAAAAACUGCGUGAUCGGUGCGCGAAAACUUUCUUGUGAUGCCCGAGCCAAUGCCGAUGGCUGCUGCUGCCACUGCCUUGGCUAGCGCCGUGGUACUCUUCGCUGUGUUCACAGUCUCUGUGACAGCUGAUACAACGACGGAAACGACGCGAGUGAAAUGUCCGGAUAAUCAAUUUGCUUGUGCCGAUGGGCAAGGCUGCAUACCAAAGCAGUGGAAGUGCGACUUCUCCCCAGAUUGUGCAGAUGGCUCAGAUGAGCCUGAGGACUGUGUUCCUAGCACAUGUGCAUCAGGGCAGUUCCAGUGCGCGCUAUCCAGACGAUGCAUUCCCAAGGGCUUUGUCUGUGAUCGAGAGUCAGACUGUGGCUUCACAGAAGACCUCGUCCCAGACACAUCUGAUGAAGAUGCGCGGCGCUGUCACCUAGGAAACAGCUGCCCGCAAAACUACUUUCGGUGCCAUGACGGCAUAACGUGCCGUCGAAUAGCUGUGCUCUGUGAUGGCCACAACGACUGCCCAGAUUUCUCCGAUGAGGGCCCUUUUUGCUCAGAGACAGCUCAAUGUGCCAAUGCAUCUUGUGAUCAUGGUUGCAAGCCGGGACCCCAGGGUCCCGUCUGCUUCUGCAAGAAAGGCAUGGAGCCCCAUCGGGAAAUGCCUUCGCUGUGUGUUGAUGCAGACCCUUGCAGUGUUCCUGGCACCUGUGACCAGAACUGCACAAGUGGACCCAAGGGCUCGCACAACUGCAGCUGCGUUGAAGGCUACAGGACCGUUGGAAGUCAAUGCUUUGGAAUUAAUGUCCCAGAGGAUGAAGAGGCCACACUUCUUUUUGCCAAUUCUAUUAACAUUCAGCACAUUCGCCUGGACGGUUCCCCUGUUGCCGGCAACAGCAGUAUCGCUCCAGUGAAAGAAAGCCUUGCCAUGGAUUUUAACCACGUGAAUAGGACCGUGUGCUGGAUUAACCAUGAAGGAAAUGAGACGGCCCUGCAAUGUGCCCUUGUCUCCCAACUGGAUGUGCGGUGGAACUUGAAGUUGAAAGAUUCUUUUUCGUUGACUACUGUAAAUCAAAUGGCGCUGGACUGGGUGUCCGGCAACUGGUAUUUCCUGGACGAUGUGCGGGAGACCAUAUUCCUUUGCAACGCCUCUCUUUCUGUGUGCGUCACAGUGAUUGACGUUGGACUGAGCAAACCCCGUGGCAUUGCCCUGGACCCUUACAAAGGGUUCAUGUUUGUCACGGAGUGGGGCAGUGCAGCGCCGGUGUUGGAGCGCGCUCACUUAGAUGGAACUGAGCGGACGAAGCUCGUGGAGCAGAAGAUUGUCUAUCCUUUUGGCAUUGCCGUUGACUUGCCCAGGGAAGAGGUCUACUGGGUUGACACCUACCUCGACAUGGUGGAGCGCAUCAGCUAUGAUGGUUCAAGGCGCACCACCGUCUUCCGCGGGGCUCCCAUGCGCAACCUGUAUGGCAUCACGGUGUUUGAAAACUACCUGUACGUGACAAGUUGGCACAGCAAUUCCGUGGUGGUUGUGCACAAGUACAACCAGAGUGACAUCCGCACUGUGAAAGCCAACCUGACAAGGCCGUUCUCCAUUCACGUUUAUCACCGUCAACGGAAACCUUACCGCGAGCACCCUUGCAGCAAGAACAAUGGCAACUGUGAGCAUCUAUGCAUUCCAUCAACCAUAAAAGGGACACUGACGGCCCAGUGCAUCUGCCGGCCUGGUUUUCGCCUUGCUGACCAGGGGCGUUGCGUUGCGGUGGCUCCAGCACAGUUCCUUCUAUAUGCACGUGGUCGGCCGGGUGCGGUGAAGGGUAUUUCAACGAGUGACGAAUUUCCCGAGUCCAAGGUGUUCCCGCUAUUGCGACGUGAAGUGAUGGCUCCCAUACGUUCCCUCAGCCGACCAACUGCCUUGGACUACGACGCCAAGACGCGCACUGUCUACUAUUCGGAUGCCCAGCAAUUCGUCAUUGAGCGCCAAGGUCUGGAUGGAUCCAAGCGAGAGGUCUUCACUUCGAAAGGCCUGAACAACUGUGAAGGUCUGGCUGUGGACUGGGCUGGCCGCAACCUGUACUGGACCGAUGAGGGUCAUUUGGGCAUCUGGGUUGCACGACUGGACAAUUCCACGCUGCGCCGGCAGCUUGUCUCUCUCAACAUGUCACAUCCGAGGGCCAUUGUGGUCGAUCCCAAGAGGGGGUACAUGUAUUGGUCUGACUGGUCAACUGAACCGUAUCCACCGGGCGAUGGCCGGGAUGGUGGAAAAAUAGAGAGGACAUACAUGGACGGUUCGCACCGCGAGGUGUUUGUCUCACAAGACCUGCACUGGCCAAACGGCCUGAGCAUAGACUACGCUAACCGCCAGCUCUACUGGUGCGAUGUGUACUUCCAUCGCAUCGAGCGCAUUGGCCUUGAUGGCAAGGGGCGCGAGGUGCUGGUAGAAGGCGAGCACUUGGACCACCCAUAUGGCCUGGCCCACUUCGGAAACUACAUCUACUGGACUGAGUUCCAGAAGGGCCACAUCCUUCGUUUUGACACCGUUUCAAAGAACAUCACUAAACUCAAGACUGAAAACCCACCCCUCUUUGAACUGCGUUUCUUCGAUGAGGCAUCGCAAUCAACUGGCAGUGGUUGCAGCAGUGACAAUGGUGGCUGCUCACAGCUGUGCUUGUCUAUUCCCGAGGGUCACUCGUGUGCUUGCGGGGACGGCUACUACCUGGCCACUGACAACAUUACGUGCCACCGCUCAGCGAACUAUACAGAGCCUUCACGGUGUCGUGAGGGUGAAUUUGAGUGCAAAACCAACCAGCGGUGCAUCGAUAAGCGCUAUCUUUGUGAUGGCGACAACGACUGUGGUGACAACUCUGAUGAGGACUCUUCACCAUCUGGAAUCUGUGAGAAAGUGACCUGUCAGGAAGACCAGUUCCGGUGUGACGCCAACCGAUGCAUCUCCUUGCACUGGGUCUGUGACGGGGAACGUGACUGCGUGGACGGCUCGGAUGAAGAGCCAACGUCCAAGUGCAGAAACACGACGUGCAGUGCAGCGCAGUACACUUGCAAGGUGACUGGAAAAUGCAUACCUCACAGCUGGACGUGCGACUCCGACUUGGACUGUGGUGAAGGGGACACUUCGGACGAGCACGAAGGCUGUGUGUACCCAGAGUGCGAUGUGACUGAGUUCCGGUGCAGCAACCAGCGCUGCAUUCCCCUUGACUACGUGUGUGACGUGGAUGACGACUGUAGGGAUGGGUCAGACGAAAAGGAUUGUGCCGCUGUGUCCUGUGACCGUGGCCACCGGUGUGGCACUGGUCACUGCAUCUGGGAUGCCCUUGUCUGCAAUGGUGUCUGGGACUGUCAAGAUGGCUCGGACGAAGCCAACUGCACGGGAAGUCGCAACAGCACCAACGUACCACCUUGCCACAAAGACCAGUUUGGCUGCGGCGACGGCCAGUGUGUGCCAAAAAGCUGGCAUUGCGAUGGAAAACCCGACUGCCUUGACAGAAGCGAUGAGAAAGGAUGCGGCAACGUAAACUGCUCUUCGAAUGAAUUCCUUUGUGAGAACCGGCAGGAGUGCGUUCCAGUUCAGUUUGUUUGUGACAGCGACCAUGACUGCAUGGACAACUCUGAUGAAAAGAACUGCACAUCUGUGUCUCACCUCAAGUGCCCCAAGCCCAGCCACACGUGUGACAACAACACUCGCUGCAUAGAGGUCACUCGCCUUUGUGACAAGGUCCCAGAUUGCAAGGAUGGCUCGGACGAGGGUGGCCUCUGUGAUGAAGGCCUGUGUACUCCUAAUGACUGUGAAGACUUCUGUCGACCCACACCAUAUGGCAAGACAUGCUACUGUAGAGAUGGUUUGCAGCUCGCCAUCAACGGCCGGUCAUGCACAGACAAGAAGCCAUGCUCCCAAUGGGGCGUAUGCAGCCAGAAAUGCUUUCAGCUGAAGCACUCACACAAGUGUACAUGUGAGAAAGGCUAUGAGCUUGCCUCAGACAUGUUUACCUGCAAAAGCACUGACCCAGCAACCCCUUACGUGAUCUUCUCCAAUCGACAUGAACUGAGGAGUGUAGAUUUGAACACCAUGUCUCUACGUGCACUCAUUACGGGCCUCAAGAACACCAUCGCGCUAGACUUCUAUCACUCGGACUCUGGUGACAUGCUUUAUUGGACAGACGUAGUGGAUGACAAGAUCUACAGGGGCUCGAUCAUCUCUGGAAGUCUCUCAAGUAUCGAAGUGGUUGUGGAGACUGGCCUGGCGACAGCUGAAGGCCUUGCUGUAGACUGGAUAGGCGAGAAUCUGUAUUGGGUGGAGAGCAACCUCGACCAGAUCGAAGUGGCCAAACUUAAUGGUAGCUUCCGAAGAACCCUGGUUGCGGGAAACAUGGAAAGUCCCCGAGCCAUUGUGCUUGAUCCUAGAUAUGGGUUAAUGUUCUGGACAGACUGGGACAAAGAAGCGCCGCGUAUUGAGCAGGCAUCCAUGAGUGGUGACGGUCGGCGUGUGGUACUGCGUAUUGACGAAGUCACUCAGGGUGGGGCAUGGCCCAACGGACUGACGCUGGACUUCGUGGCACUACGCAUCUACUGGAUUGAUGCCCGAUCCGACUCUGUGCACACAUCACGCUACGAUGGUUCGGACUACCACGAAAUCCUGCGAGGCCACGAGACACUCUCGCACCCAUUUGCCAUUACCCUGUUUGGCAACUAUGUUUACUGGACUGACUGGAGGACCAACUCAGUCAUACGGUGCAACAAGUGGAAUGGCUCUGAUGUUCAGAUAGUGCAAAAGGCUGCUAUACAACCUUUUGACAUUCAAGUAUUCCACCCAUCAAGGCAACCAAAAGGCAAUGGCAAGAACGGCUGUGCUGCCAACAAUGGUGGCUGCUCUCACCUCUGCCUCCUGAGCUUCAACAACACUUACAAGUGCAACUGCCCACAUCUGAUGCGCCUCGGAGACGAUGGCAGGACAUGCCACAGCAUGGAGCGUGUCCUGCUUUUUUCGAGACCCAACGAAAUUAGAGGUGUUGAUCUUGAUAUGCCAUACUACCACGUCAUUCCGCCCUUCAGUUCUCCCAAGGUUAUUCAUGCAGUGAAGCUGGAUUUUGAUUCCAAACGACGCAUGAUCUACUGGUCGGACACACACCUGAAUGAGAUAAAGCGGGCUUCCCUGUUAGGCUCAGCUGUUGAGACUAUCAUCGACACUGUUAUUGAAAAUCCAUAUGGCUUUGCUGUGGACUGGAUCUCGAGGAACAUGUUCUUCACGUCUUAUGGCGAGGCUGGCAAGCACAUUUUUGCUUGCAGCCUGGAUGGCGAGUAUGUGUCAUCCAUUAUAGAUUCCAACUUGGACUCACCGGGCUCUCUGGCUGUUCAUCCCACCUUGGGGUUGAUCAUGUGGACUGACCAUGGGUCUCCCCACGAGAGAAUUCAAGUUGCCAAGAUGGAUGGGUCAGCACGAAAGACAUUGACAUCACGCCUCGAUAACCCAAAGCUUGAAGGAUCUACAAGCCUGACAGUGGACUUUGAGACGAACCACCUGUACUGGGUGAAUCGUGACCAAGGCAUGGUCCAGCGACUGCUGCUGACCAGCCCAGAUCCCGUGGCUGAGACUCUGGACGUGGUGUUGGGUGGAGAGCAGCCGCACGCUCUUGCCAUCUACGGUUCGCAGCUGCUGCUGGCCACUGACUACGCCAUACAUGUUGCCGACAAGAGCAGCCCUAAAAAUGCCACCGUCCUGCGCAACAAUACAGACACUGUGCUUGCACUUGCUGUGUAUGAUGCGAGCCAACAAACUGGUGAAAAUCUGUGCAGCAACAAUAAUGGAAACUGCUCGCACCUGUGUUUACCAACGUCACAAACUACGAGGGUCUGCAAGUGCACAACUGGAUUUCUGCCUGAUCCAAGUGACGAGACUAAGUGUGUCGGUUAUGCCGAAUUCCUCUUGUACUCCAUCAACUAUGAGAUACGGGGAACCUCUUUGGUGUCAUCACCAACACCAUCUCAGCGCGUGCUGGCUCCCAUCUCCAGGGUCUCUAUGGCAACAUCUAUUGACUUCGUAGAUGAAUACAUUUACUGGGUGGAUUCAGAAGGUGGUAGCAUCACCCGAAUUCACAGAGACAUGACUGGACGAGAGACUGUUGUCAGUGGUCUUGAUGCCAUUGAAGGACUUGCAAUCGACUGGGUAGCAGGGAACAUGUACUGGAUUGACCCUUCGUACGAUGUCAUCGAAGUGUCGCGGCUCAAUGGAUCCGGUCGCUACGUUCUCCUUUCUGGUAACAUGGAUAAGCCUCGGGCCAUUGUUGUGCAUCCGUACAAAGGGUACAUCUUUUGGAGUGAUUGGGGCGUACCACCAAAGAUAGAACGGGCAGCUCUGGAUGGCUCAAACCGCAUCGUCCUUGUCAAUGCGUCGGUGCAGCUAGUGAAUGACCUGGCCAUUGACUUUGAAGAAGACAAGCUCUACUGGUGUGACUCGCGCACCGACACAAUUGAGAGGGUCAACUUGGAUGGCACAGGGCGUGAGACUGUCUUCCCACCGCCCUCUGGAACAGAGGAGGAGGAUGCAGAGGACUCGCACCGUCCUCUGCAGAACCCUUUUUCACUUGCUGUUCAUGGCACUUAUGUCUACUGGGCCGACACCCAUCGUGAGGAUGGAUCAAUUUUUCGUGUCAAGAAGCAUGAUCCAGGCCUCGAGGAAAUGCUGGUGAACCACUUGACAGAUUCGAUCAAGGAUCUGCAAGUUUUUCACACACGACCAAAACAAAAGACGAACAACCCAUGCAGUGUGGGCAAUGGAGGGUGUCAGGAACUGUGCCUGUACAAGGGAGACAAUGGCCACACCUGUGCUUGCUCCCACGGCCGUGUGGCUCCUGACGGGCGAUUUUGCCAAGAUUACGAAGGCUUCGUCAUGUUCUCACGGGUGCGCACUAUAGACAGCAUUCACAUGAUGGACGAGACAAAUCUGAAUGCACCAUUUCCAAGCAUCUCCAGUUCAGAAUUUAUGCGCAACAUCAUUGGCCUUGCGUUUGACUACUCUGAGCGCCGUAUCUUCUACUCGGACAUACAGCGCGGCAGCAUCAACAGCGUUCACUUCAAUGGCUCUGGCCACACUGUUCUUGUACAGAUCACCAACGAUUGCGAGGUGUGA